GCGGUUUCCAGGCGGCGGUGGGGCGGAGCGGCGGUGGCGACACGGAGGAGCGGUGGCCCAAUUUGAGUACGGGUGAGCUCAGAUCACUUAGCAGUUCCAGCGGGCAAUCCCAUCGCCACUGCAUCGACGGCGUCUAGGUUUUGGAAUCGGUGCGAUGGCGCUGCAUCCAUUCGCGGAGGCGAAUCCGCAGCAGCCGACGCCCAUCGCCGCGUGCUUGCCGCAGCUGAUGAAGGAGGAUCUCCAGCACGCGCAUCACCACCACCACCACCAUCUCCACGAGCUGGAGCGCAUGUCCAAGAUCCCCAUCAACGGCAAGUCCGCGUGGACGGACGCCGCCACCGACGUGCUCAUCGAUGUGUUUGAGGAGAAGUGGAACAGCUUGCGGCGGGGCAAUCUCAAGGCCAAGAACUGGGACGAGGUCGGGGCGGAGCUGGGCAAUCGGUGCGGGGUGCCCAAGACUGGCGACCAGUGCCGCCACAAGAUCGAGAAGCUGAGGGGCAAGUUUCGGCAGGAGAAGGUGGUGGCGGUGCUCGGGCAGUCGAAAUGGCCGUGGUAUGAUCGCCUCAACAUGAUGUUUGGCGGCGGCGGCGGCGGCGCUGCUGGUGGUGGAGGCAACAAUGCCAAUGACAAAGCCUCGGCCGACGCGAAGAGCAGCCAGGAACACUCAGCGUUUCAUCGACACCAACACAACUCUCACGUUGUUGACGAGGAUGGUGCUACUGCAACCACGACUGCUCCAGCAGUGGGAUUUGGAGUCGUGAUGAGCAAUCACCAGCACCAGCAUCAUCACCAGCAGCACCAGCAUCACGGACUGGAGCUGAUCGAAGCCCGGAGCGUUCAUGGCAUGGGCGACGACGAGAGGAACGACACCUCCUACACAUCGCAGUCUGGGAAGAGCACGGACAGGGACGAGACGGCGUCGCCGAGAUCAAAGUCUGGCGGCGGCGGCAGCCGGAAGCGCGGGCGGGAGAGCUCGUCCUCGGACCUGGGAGCGGCGCUCAAGUACCUGAGCGAGACACUGAUCAAGAUCGAGGAGUGCAAGGUGGAGCUGCAGAGGGACAACGAGAGGGUGCGGAUGGAGAUGGAGGCGCGGCGGGCGCAGAUGCACGAGGUGGAGCUCAAGCGGACGGAGAUGCUGAUCCAGAUGGAGCUCAAGCGGACCGAGAUGCUGUGCGAGCUGGAGCUGCGGCGGACCAAGAUGCAAAUGGAUUUGUUCGAGAAUUUGGCAGGCAGAGCGAGCUCUCGACCCAAGCGGAGUACGUAGGAAGGAGUAUCUAUCUUUUGUCCAAAGAUGAUGGAAGUGAAACAAAUCAUGAUCUCAUGAUCUCUCAAUGACCAAACAAUGUCGCAUGCA